ACCUAUAAAACCUGAUGGCAUUCUAGCUCUCACAACAGUUACCAAUUUUCCAACAACAGUGCACGAGUUUAUUCGGUUCGCGUUUUUUUUCUCUUUCUUACUCUCGUUUCAUUUUACGUAUCGUGUUGUGUGAACGGUGUUAGUGCUGCAAUUAUGUCUACAGUUAAAGUUUCGUUAUUGAUUUGUUUAUUGGCUCUGGCGAAUGUAAAUGUGCAAUCGUUACCGCAAGUACCGAAUGGAGCUCCUUUGCCACCGUACCCGACCGGAGCACCUCUGCCACCACCGUUCCCGACCGGAGCUCCUUUACCGCCGCCAUUCUCUAGACCAGCAUUUCCGCCACCUCCACCGGGUACCUUUGUACCAAUCAUUCAACAAAACUUCGAUAUAAAUCCAGACGGCGCUUACACGUUCGGAUAUCAAUCAGCUGAUGGAAGCGUGAGACAAGAAAGUGGAUCGGUGAGGUACCCGAAUGUACCAGGAGUCGAACCAAUUCUCGCUGUCCAAGGCUCGUACGCUUAUACUGCUCCCGAUGGUCAACAAAUUGAAGUACAAUAUAUCGCAGAUGAAAACGGUUUCCAACCUUCUGGACCUUACGUACAUCCAGCCAUUCAAAAAGCUGUCGCUCUUCAAGUAGCAGAGGCGAAAGCACAAGCAGGAUUACCACCGAAUGUGAACGGAGGUAUUCCACGUCCGUUUCCACCGCCACCAUUCCCCAGCCCGUUCCCAUCUCCUUUACCUUACAGACCAAAUCGCCGAUAGGAUGGAAACAGAAACAAGUUGAAUAAUAAACAAGCCCCAUAAAUGAGACUCUACAAGCUGUUAGCUGAUGAAAUAUCUACCUACAUUUUUUUUCUAUUUUUUACAAUUUUAAAUAUGAAAUGAAAUACGUACAUUGUAGGUACUUGCUUAAGUUCAUAAUGAAGUAGGUCAGAUUUUCGUUUAAAUUUGUUUAUUGUAUUACUUGUAAGUAAUACGUAUUAAUUAUCGAAAUCAUCGAGUGAAUUUUACUCGACUGUGAAUGCAUUUUUUAUAGGUUUAAAUUGCUCAAUUUUAAAUUUUUUUACCAAUUGUAAUUUUAUAUUGUUACCAGAUUUUUUUCUCUCAAUUGUGCCUUAUAAUGUUUUAAGAUUUUUAAUACGAGAGUUAUACCAUUUUUAAUAAUAUUUUUACUUAAUACAAUAUAAUUUUAUAUAAA